AUGGGUUCUUCUGUGACCCCCUCGACAAAUGAAUCAUUACAAUAUUUCACCGGGUCAUGUUUGGGAUACAUCUGCAGUAACACAACUACUGCUCCCACCCCUCCAGUGUUAAUGGACGCCUGGCUAGUACCUCUCUGCUUUGGGAUUCUGAUGGUGGUUGGACUCGCUGGAAACUCGCUGGUGAUCUAUGUAGUAACGAAGCACAAGCAGAUGCGAACCGUCACCAACUUUUACAUAGCAAAUUUAGCUACAACCGAUAUUAUUUUCCUGGUGUGCUGCGUGCCUUUCACCGCAGUCCUGUACCCUCUCCCAAGCUGGAUUUUCGGGGAGUUCAUGUGUAAAUUUGUCAACUAUAUGCAACAAGUAUCAGUACAGGCAACGUGUAUAACAUUGACUGCAAUGAGUGUGGACAGAUGGUACGUGACAGUUUACCCACUCAGGUCCUUAAGGCAGAGAACCCCCCGAGUGGCUUUGGGCAUCAGUCUCGGAAUAUGGAUUGGUUCGUUUAUUGUGUCCAUACCAGUGGCUAUCUAUCAGAAGAUUCAAAGUGGAUACUGGUUUGGGCCCCAAGUGUACUGCAGUGAAUCUUUUCCGUCAGCUUUCCUUGAGAAGGCCUUCAUUAUACACAACUUCCUAGCUGUUUAUCUCCUGCCGCUAGUCACAAUUUGUGUGUCCUACACUGCUAUGCUUCAUCAGAUGGGGCGACCAGCUGUGGAACCCAUUGAUAAUAACCUUCAGGUACAGCUUCUUGCUGAAAGGUCAGAGGCCAUGCGCACAAAGAUCUCCAGAAUGUUAGCAGUUAUGGUCCUUCUUUUUGCCAUCUGCUGGGGUCCUAUCCAGUUAUAUAUCCUUUUGCAGUCUUUCCUUCCAAACUUUAACAGGAGUUAUUAUACAUACAAAGUGAAGAUCUGGGCCCAUUGCAUGUCUUACACUAAUUCCUGCAUCAAUCCCAUAGUGUAUGCAUUCAUGGGAGCCAACUUCAGAAAAUCAUUCAAAAAGGCAUUUCCAUUUAUCUUCAAACAAAGAGUUGGGAGCAUAAACAGUGGAAAUGGUGCUGGUAAUACAGAGAUGCAUUUUGUUUCAUCUGGAACAUAA